AAAGGGGCCGAGCCUGGGCCGCCGGACGCCUUUUUGGAUACUGCCAGGACCUCGGACGGCGAAGGGAGGCGAAGGCGAGCAAAAGCUCUCCGUCUCCAGGCUCCUCCACUCUUCCCUCUUUCUCCAGCCUCCUCGCGUGCCCUUCUAGCCCUUUCCCCUGGCGGCAUGUGGGGCUGGGGGAGCUCCUGGUCCGCGCUGGCCGGACUGCUGGCCUCUUGGCUCCUGCUGGCAGGAUCUAGUUUGGGGUCCAGAUGGAAAGGUCCAAAAUUAAAUAUUACAGGAACACAACAUGUCAUACAGGAAGGAGACUCUUUAAACAUCAUGUGCAGUGGGGAAGUGGUCCAUUCAUGGUCUCUGCCUGAAAGUCUCACUAAGGACAGCAAACGGGUGGAUAUAAUUACCAGUUCUUGUGGAAGGAACGGAAAGCAGUUCUGCAGCAGCCUGACCUUGAACAGAGCUCAGCCCGGUGACACAGGAUAUUAUAUCUGCAAAUAUCCAUCCUCAAGUGCUCAGAGAAAGAAGACAGUCUCAAAAAUAUAUGUAUUUAUCAAUGGUACACACAGCCCAUUUGUAAAGAUGAACAAGGAUGUACCAGAAACAAUACUUAUGAUUGAUGGGCAAGAACUUAUCAUCCCAUGCAGAGUUACAGCGCCAGAUAUCCGUGUCAAAUUAAAAAUGAAUCAAGGGGAAAGCAUCAUGCCUGAUGGGAAGACAAUAAUCUGGGACAGCACCAAGGGAUUUGUAAUACCAAAUGCAACAUACAAGUUCAUAGGCCUUCUCGCCUGCGAAACAAAUGUUGAUGGACAUGACUAUAGCACUAAUUAUCUCACAUUCAGGCAGGCCAAUGAAAUCCUCAGUGUCCAUUUGAAUGCCUCAAGGCCAGUCAAGUUAUUAAAAGGGCACAACCUUGUCCUUAACUGCACGAUCACUGCAGCCUGGAACACAAGAGUUCAGAUCACAUGGAAAUAUCCUGGUGAGGCAAGCAAAAGAGGCACGAUUGCCAAAAGUAUUGUACAAAGGAGUGAUGAACCCAACUUGUUCUAUAGUAUUCUGGUUAUUGAUAAAGUCCGUGAUAUUGAUAAAGGACAAUACACUUGCAAUGUAAAAAGCGGCCCAUCUCUGAAAUCAGUGAAUACAACUGUUCAUAUUUAUGAUAAAGCAUUCAUCACUGUGAAACCUCGAAGAAAAAAUGUGCUGGAAGUUCUAUCUGGCAAGAAGUCCUAUCGACUUUCUAUCAAAGUGAAAGCAUUUCCUACACCAGAGGUUAUAUGGUUGAAAGAUGGGCUUCCUGCUGCUGAAAUGUGUGCUCGGUAUAAAAUUAAAGGCUAUUCACUCACCAUAAAACAUGUUUCUGAAGAAGAUGCAGGAAACUACACUAUAUUGCUGAACACGUCGCCAUGGAAUUUGCAUAAAAACCUAACAGUCACACUAAGAAUAAAUGUGAAACCUCAGAUUUAUGAAAAGGUCUCAUCAAUAUCUGGCCCUAAUCUCUAUAAACUGGGAAGUGAGCAAAUUCUAACAUGCAUUGUUUAUGGUAUUCCUCAACCUACACUCCAGUGGAUCUGGCAUCCCUGUCAACAGAAUCACUCCUUGGCAAGGGACGACCUUUGCUCCAAUCCAGAGAGAUCUUUCAUCUUGAAAUCUGGAAGCACUACAGGAAACAAAAUCAAAAGCAUCACACAAAGAACAGCAAUAAUUGAAGGAAAGAAUAAGACUGCCAGCAUAUUGACUGUGGCUGAGUCCAGGUCCUCUGGAAGCUACAGCUGCAUAGCUUCCAACAAAGUAGGAAGUGAUGAAAGAAGCAUCAGUUAUUUUGUAACAGAUGUGCCAAAUGGAUUUCAUAUUAACUUAAAGAAAACACCCGUGGAAGGAGAGACGCUUGUGUUGUCCUGCUUAGCCAACAAACUUCUGUACAAAGACCUUGCCUGGAUAUUGCCAAGGACAGUCAAUCAGACAAGAAUAAAAAAGCCAGCCCUUAAGGAGUACUCCAUUGACCUCACACUCAUCAUCAAGAAUGUUACGCUUGAACACUCAGGGACCUAUGCCUGCCGAGCAAGGAAUAUAUACACUGGAGAAGAUGUGGUUCAAGAGAAAGACGUUACAGUCAGAGCUCAGGAAGCUCCAUACCUUCUCCGGAACCUCACUGAUCAAGUGAUCAAUACCAGCCACUCUGUUAGCCUGGAGUGUCAUGUUUAUGGUGUGCCCGAGCCUCAGAUAUCCUGGUACAAAAACAACAAACAGAUACUCCAAGAGCCAGGUAUAAUUCUGGGUCCAGGAAGUCAGAGUCUAUUGAUUGAAAGAGUGCAAGAAGAUGAUGCUGGCCAAUACCAGUGUGUAGCUAGUAACGUGAAAGGGACAGUGGAAAGUUCAGCCUACAUCACCAUUCAAGGGAUUUCAGAGAGCUCAAACCUGGAGCUAAUAACAUUGACAUGUACCUGUGUGGCUGCAACACUCUUCUGGCUUCUAUUGACACUCUUCAUACGUAAGCUAAAAAGGACUUCUCCUGCUGAAAUAAAGACAGAUUAUUUAUCAAUCAUAAUGGAUCCUGAAGAAGUCCCCCUAGACGAACAAUGCGAACGACUUCCUUAUGAGGCCAGCAAAUGGGAAUUUGCCCGGGAAAGACUUAAACUGGGAAAGACACUUGGGCGAGGUGCUUUUGGGAAAGUUGUACAAGCAGCUGCUUUUGGAAUUAAAAAAUCCCCCACAUACAAAGUUGUCGCUGUGAAAAUGUUGAAAGAAGGGGCCACUGCCAGUGAGUAUAAAGCUCUCAUGACUGAGCUGAAGAUCCUGAUACAUAUCGGCCAUCAUCUCAAUGUUGUGAAUUUGCUGGGAGCUUGCACAAAAAGUGGAGGACCAUUAAUGGUGAUAGUUGAGUAUUGCAAAUAUGGAAAUCUGUCAAGCUACUUGAAGAGCAAAAGAGAUUUUUUUAUUACUAACAAGGAUACCUCCAUUCAAGAAGAGCUGAUAACAGAGGAGAAGGAAGCCGAACCAACUGUCAGUAGAAAAAAAAGAUUGGAGAGCAUCCCAAGUCACGAGAGUUUAGCAAGCUCUGGGUUUCAGGAAGAUAAAAGUUUAAGUGACGUGGAGGAGGAAGAGGAGGAUUCUGGUGAAUUUUACAAAAGGCCUCUCAUGAUGGAAGAUCUGAUGUCUUACAGUUUUCAAGUCGCCAGAGGUAUGGAGUUCUUGUCAUCUCAAAAGUGCAUCCAUCGAGACUUAGCAGCCAGAAAUGUACUUUUAUCUGAAAACAAUGUUGUGAAGAUCUGUGAUUUUGGCCUUGCAAGAGAUAUUUAUAAGAACCCUGAUUAUGUGAGAAAAGGCGAUGCCCGUCUUCCUCUCAAAUGGAUGGCACCAGAAUCAAUAUUUGAUAAAAUCUAUAGCACCAGAAGUGAUGUUUGGUCAUAUGGGGUGCUGCUAUGGGAAAUAUUUUCCUUAGGUGCAUCUCCAUAUCCAGGUGUUCAAAUUGAUGAAGACUUUUUCAACAAAUUAAAAGAAGGCAUAAGAAUGAAGGCCCCAGAUUUUGCAACCUCAGAAAUCUACCAGAUCAUGCUGGACUGUUGGCAAGGAGAUCCAAAUGAAAGGCCAAAGUUCUCAGAACUGGUGGCGAGAUUAGGAGACCUUCUUCAAGCAAACGUGCAACAGGAUGGCAAAGACUACAUCCCACUGAAUAAUAUUUUGUCAGUGGACUCUGGAUUUGACUGUUCACCUCUGAUUUCCCCUAAUCCUCAUGGGAUGGAAAAUGAUUCAGUGACCAUUUUGAAUUAUACUGUUUCUGAAAAUACUGGAAGACACAUGAAUGCCUUCAGAAUGAGGCCACCACAGAGGGUCAAGACCUUUGAGGAACUUUCACCCAAGGACAAAUCUGAACACGAUGGUUACCAAGCAGACAGUGGAAUUGCACAGCCUUCAGAAGAGCCGAAACGUUUUACAUGGACUGGAAGCAAACAAAAGCACCUUUUCUUUGGCCUCCACUCUGCCAAAAGGAGCAAGGAAUCUCUCCUUUCCAACAUCACCAAACGAGAUUUCUACAGUUUCAGUUGCGGUCAUAUCAGUGAUGUGACCCAGCCCUUUACACAUGACAGCGUAACAUUGGGAGAAAAACAUGGCUUCCCUCCACCCAACUAUAAUUCUGAGGUUCGGUAUUCAACUCCCCCAGUUUAGCAAAGGACUUUUUAAUUAUUCAAAACAGCUGUUCCUCUUACCUGUCAUCAUUUAAAUACUGAACUGUGCUUCCUGCUGAUGCAAUACUACCUAUGUACAGUAUUAUAUUCUAAGAAGUGCCAUACAUGAACACUUCCACAUAGUGCUUCUACUGUGGUAUUAGCUCCCCAUUCAACAGUGGAAACUUGAUAAAGAAAAGAUGCCGGCUGAGGUGGAAGAGCAGUAUUUCCUCACUAUGAAAUGCCAUAUUGUACAUUUUUGUGCUAGUCUCAAGCAACACAAUGGCAAGGAAGAUGAAUUAACUACAAAGCUGUUUCCAGUGUAGUCUAGCCAAUUCUGUUCCCAGGUGAAACUUUGCAUCUUUGAGUUGAGUACCUGUACAUUCAUUCUCUCAAAAACAAUUUUUUAACAAUUUUAAACAAAAUGCUAAAAGCCAUUCUGGCAAUGUUCUGGUUAUAUUAGUCAAGGUGGAAGAAAAAUGCAAAACUGGCAGAAGGUAAUUCUGCCCAUCAGACUCAAACAUGGACAUUUUUCCUAUUUGGCUUUCUGGGGAAUAGCUUCCACUUCUCUAAUCUUGGUGUCCAUGUAAACGAAGUCGAAGCAGACCUCAUAGGGUGCUAUCUUACAACCUCCAAGUUUUGUUGCGAACACUGCAUAGACCACAUCUACACUGCCUUGAAAAUAAACCAAUUAUACAUUGAUUUAGAUGUGUAAUAGGACUUUCCCCUAAAUAAUUCUGUGAGUUUAGGCUUGGUUAAGAAGCUGAAACCACUUUUACAGUACUCUUUUCCAUACAGUUCCAGGUGAAGAUGAGCAAUCUUUAAUGUAGAUUUGAUGAAAAGUAAUACUUUGUGCAGAUAUCUUUUUAAAGAUAUUGAUAUCCUAGGGUGCAAUAGGACAAUAUAUUCUUACAUCUGCUACCAUACCUUCCAAAAUCUCAAGAUGAAACCUGGUCCAAGCAUUCUCAGAGUGGGUUUGAAUGGCUGACUUGAUGAGGAAGGAUAAACAAGACAAGGGAGGCAGGAAGCAGCCUGCUUUUGCCUGAGCCUAUUGGGAAGGGCAAGACUCCCCCCGCCCCACACACUUGCUUUUCCAUGGUUUUGAUCACCUUCUUUCAAUAAAGAACAGUAGCAGGGACCCUUCCUAGGGCUUGGCAGUUGCUGGAUUAUAGAUGGAUGAGUAGGAAACAGGCUGAUGCAGGAUCGUGGCCUGUUUUUUUCCCCCCACUACUGUGCAUCCCUGCAAAAAUUCCAGUGUGCCAAAAGGAUUCUGGUUUUUGUUUACAGUGCUGAGGCAGAUCCUUGAAAGAAGAACAAGAACUUGCAUGUUGCUGAAGCCAUGUCAAGACCCAUAGCACUGUCCUGUCAGUGUUAAGUAUCAGCAACCCAGUAUGCCAUAGCACUGGCACAGCACUGUCGUAGCCACUGUCACUGAAAUGGGGGAAAAGGAAAUUGUGAGCCAAUCCGUCUGUAAGCAACAUCUACAGAAAGUGUCCGGAACCCAUUCUAUCAGUAGUCUUCCACAGACACCACAAUGCUGGCCUCACACUGUUGUGGUAUUACAUUUGAUCCUGUGGUGGUGAACAGGGUUCUAAGAACGUCGUUAUCAACAUACACACACUUCUUGUCUUCAUUAUAAAGGGAUCAUAUGAGAAGUUGGAUGCAACUUAAAAUUUCUAAACCACAAGUUGGCAGCUGAGCAGAGUUGCCCUGGAUCAUCAAUAUCUUGCAUAGCUCUUUAUAGCUGACUAGAGUCUAUAUGCUGCUUCAAAGUCACAGCACUAUUUGUUGAUGCUUUAUUCACUGCACUAUUUGGGAGUCCCUAAUUCAUUUUAUUGUUGUUGUUUAACCUUGCAAGACUUCAGAAUUCUUUAUUUCUGUCUUAUUAUAUUUUCCUUUUAUGUUCCAAUUCCAAGUGACAACACAGUGUGGCAGCUAGUCUUUGGUGAAACCACUGUGUCGCAUUGCAACUGUACAUGCGAAUUGGAAGGCCAGUUAAGCUAUGUCUAAUAUACUGCUGAAUCUAAUGUUAUUGCUGCUAUUUACAAUUAUAACAUUUAUUUAGUGCAAAGAGCAUUUAUGCUAAAAUGUGGUGAAAAUAUUAGUGAACCAUUAUUUCAGUUCAUAAAGAAACCAUUGAGAAAAUUAGGUAACAACAGUCAUGUUCAAGUACCCGAGAAAGCAAUGCAAUUUCCAAGUAGUAAACAGGUCCCAUUGUUUUCAUGGGACUUUGUCAUAACAAAUGUAAAUUGGGGCCAAAGUUCAAUAGAUUUAUGAUAUAAAUGCAUACCUGAUCUGGUAUAAGUGAUCUUAAUACAAACUUCUGAACAGAAAUGUGUAGGAUUACACUCUCAAAAGAGCUUUUCAGUACAGAAACAUUUGAAACUCCCACUUCUAAAACCCAAAGGAGUGCAAUCUUUGUGCACCCUCUCAAAAGAGCACAGUCCCAGACAUCCUUUGAUACAUGGUUCAUUUAUUAGCUAAUGAGGAGAUAAUGAAUGGGAGUGUUAGUGUCAUCUUCAAAUAGGAUACUAAUAGCUGUAAAUAUAAUAUUUAAAAUUAAAAGUGCUUUAAUAAAUCACUGGGGUUUUAUUUUAUUUCUUUUAAGUGAAUUUUGCUAUGGAUAAGUGUAUGUAAAUAAACUCAUACUUAUGCUUAAACCUUUAAAUUUAUUUUCACACGCAUUUUCUAAAUUUUCACAAUAAAACUGAUUUCCAAGCUUUGCUUGAUAA